UUAGAGCAGUCACUCGAAUAUCUUGUCAAUAUAAUAGACGAUCUUUGAGGAAGCCUUAUGAAGGGAGUUGGCAAGCAGGAGUGAUGAGUGCAUUAUAAGAAGAGAAUGAACCAAGAAUCGUCAAAACAAUUACUAAGCGACAGUCGAGAGGGGGAGAGCGGUAGUGUGCACAAUGAAGACAUAACAAGGGGGAUUUUACUUGACUGACUGAAUUGUUGUCCAGUUGAAGCCGAGGACACUGAAGCUUUUUGCAGCGCGUUGAAGAUUGUUGGGAGCCUCGCGUUGAAGUGGGGUCUGGUAGCGCACUUAUCGCGGCGGGUUACCUCAGUUAAAACACCGGCAGAAAAUACAUGACAAGAACUCUUGCGUUUCAGCACCUUAAACAAGGACAGUUCCUUUCCUUUUGCGUAACCUUCAACGCCUCAACUAGAGCGGGCAUUUGAAACAUUCCGCCUCUUUUUCCAGAACUCUUUGCACAUAUGCACACUUCCAGUGUAGCCUAGUGUAUCUGUAUUGCAAGCCUAAAAGUAACCUAAAAAUCCAUCGUCAGAGAAUCAGCAACUGACUUUGAGCUCAAUAUGUACCAGGGACAUUUGCAGGGAAGAGACUCUAGGGCUGCAGAUAAGACUGUUGCCAUGGUCCUGAAGGAGAUACCAAGUAAGGCGUCUUCAGAAGGGAAACCCCUCCUGACGGUGACAACCAAGCUGGUGAGUGAGCAACAAGAGAGCCGCCCCCUGCUAAGCCCCUCCAUCGACGACUUCCUCUGUGAGACCAAGUGCGAUGGAGCUGCCCGCCCAGUGACUUCAAACACAGCAGUUCUGACCUCCACAUUGGACCUAUUGGACCUCAGCGAGCCCGGAGAGAGAAUGAACAGCAAGCAGGACAAGAAGAGCCCUCUGUCGUCGUUGCAUGGGGAAGGGCCCAAGAACGGGCCUCACCGAAAGAAGACAACAGAUGAGACCGAGCUGAUCCGGGUGGCUGUGGAACAGACUGCCCCCAGCUCACACACUCCCGAUAGAGUGUCACUAGACUCAGUCAUCAUUGCCUCUCCUUUGGAGAAAUGGGAGGAGCUCAACCUCCACCCUGAGAGAAACGGCAGCAGAAAGUGGAAAUUGGAAAGACAACGUUCGUCGAGAAACUCCUCCAGCGAACAUCUGUGGUCCAUAGACUGCAAAACACAACCAGAGGCAACCUCCAUGAACUCAUUGGAAGGGAAUACCAAAGCGGAGGCAGAGCCAGCUCUAGCAUUUCAACUCAACAGACAGUAUAUUAGUGGAAGACAUGGCCAUUUGAGUAAAGAGCGGUUCGAUGGCGGUGCCCUCCUGUCCAGAAACCAGUCCCUGGAGGAAGAGUUUGAGCGCGCCAAGGCGGCUGUCGAGUCAGACACAGAGUUCUGGGACAAGAUGCAGGCAGAGUGGGAGGAGCUAGCACGACGGAACUGGUUAACGGAGAACGAGCAGGCCCAGACCCCCUCCAGUGUGUUGCCUCACGAGAAGGGCUACUACUUUCACACGGACAACCCCUACAAGGACUGGCCCAACGCAUUUGAGGAGGGGUUUCGAAAGUCCAAAGAGGGAGACCUGCCCAACGCUGUCCUGUUACUGGAGGGGGCCAUUUUACAGGAUCCCCAGGACUCCGAGGCUUGGCAAGUGUUGGGGACCACCCAGGCCGAGAAUGAGAACGAGCAGGCUGCUAUUGUCUCCCUCCAGAGGUGUCUGGAGCUCCACCCCAACAACCUCCAGGCCCUCAUGGCCCUGGCGGUGAGCCUGACCAACACGGGCAUGAGGCAGGAUGCCUGCGAGACGCUGCUGCGCUGGCUCCGCCACAACUCCAAGUACAAGCACCUGCUGAAGGGCAAGAGACACCUGGCGGGCUCCCCGGGCUCCCAACGUAGGAUGUCUCGUGUCUCUACUGUGGGCAGCUCCCUAUUGCCGGAGGUCAAGGAGUUGUUCCUGGAGGCUGCCCAGCACAACAGGGAUACUGACCCGGACCUGCAGACGGGCCUGGGCGUGCUGUUCAACAUCAGCGCUGAGUUCAACAAAGCUGUGGAGGCCUUCAAUGCUGCCCUGUCGGUGCGGCCAGAGGACUACCUGCUGUGGAACCGCCUGGGUGCCACGCUGGCUAACGGGGACCGCAGCGAGGAGGCAGUGGAAGCCUACACCAGAGCCCUGGAGCUCCAGCCGGGCUUCAUUAGGUCCCGCUACAACCUGGGCAUCAGCUGCAUCAACCUGGGAGCGCACAGGGAGGCGGCCAGUAACUUCCUAACGGCCCUGAGUCUGCAGAGGAAGAGCCGGAGUCGGCAGCUCUCACACCAGGUCAUGUCGGGGAACAUCUGGGCCGCCCUGCGGAUAGCCCUCUCCAUGAUGGACCAGCCGGAGCUUUUCCAGGCGGCCAACAUCGGAGACCUAGACCUACUCAUGAAAGCCUUCAACCUGGACAUGUGAGUGGAGAUGAGCCAUGGAGACAAGGCUCUACUCUCCUACCAACAGCCAAGAAUCCAAAGUGUACAGAAGGAAAGAGCGGUUUUGUCCAGUUGAUAACUAGUAUGUGGUCUUUUUUGCACGCACUACAAGAAUUUGCCUAUCUUUACUACUCCUAAGUACCUCUGCAGUCUUGAGUACUGCAUGUGCUCGAAGAAGAGACUAUUUUUGCGAUGGAUUUGCACUGCAAUUUGUGAUUUUCCAGAAGAUCACAAGGACGGGCAAAGAUUGUACAAGUAGGGGAGAGUGGGGUAAGUCAUGCCAAUGGGUUGGUUGAGCCACCCCUUGUUUCUAGGAAACCAUACACAAAAUGAAUCAUGUGACCAAAUAUUUAGGAAGGGGUUAUCAUUUCAUGAAGUCUGUGAAGAAAGAAACCACAUGGAACAAGUGGUAAGGAAGUUAGGUCCAAGAAAACAAUUUUCACAAAGUCAAAUUAAUGUAUUAUUAUAGGUUUCAUGACGCUUGUAUGUAAACCAAAGUAGAUCGUUUUAAGACUGGUUUAUUCAUCAGUUUGGGUCUCUGUAAGUUACAAUAUGAGGUUCUUAACCUAGCAUGAAAGUGCAUCAUUGAAGCUGUGUGGCCUAAUAUAGUCAAAAUGGUUACUUUGGGGUAAAGUUGAACCAAUGGCUAGUCAAUAUAUCCCAUACAAAUGAUGCAUAGUAUUUUGUCAGUUGUAUGCAUAAUAUUUUUGCAAGUUGUCAUGCAUAUUUCUAUUGUUACAGAGCAGACAUCAUCAUGCCCUGUGUAUACAAACGUUUUUUUUUUUAAAGCAGGGAUCUAGCCCCUCGAGGUUCUUGAAAGACCAGCCAAGGAAGUGAGAGAAGGGAAGAAGUCUAUUUGAGCAGCAGCAAGGGAUGAAAAAAGAAUGACACUGAAGACAAAAAAGAAAACGAAGAUUUACCUGUGUGCUAUGAUAGAGUAGCAGAGGCACAUAAGGUCUUGUCUGAUGACAUGGAGUCUGAGCUUGCUAAACAGACCAGUUUUAUGGGCUUAGUAGCCUCAAAUGCAGAGAACUUGCUUACGAAUUGGUAUAUCGAAACAACAUCCCGGUCCCUGACAAUCUAACCCAAGUUGUUUCCACUUACCCUGUCCCCUUGCUUAAUUUACCCCAUACCUGGGGUAAGUUAUGCCAAGAUACCAUUGUUUUGGGACAUUCUGUUUUCAAAACAUACUGUAUGUUUACAUGAAUUCAGAUUUUUCUAGGGAUACACAACAUCCUGAAAUAUAUAUAUAUAUAUAUAGAUAUCUUGACGUCGUGAUGCUGAAUGUAAAAAAUGGCUCAACAUACCCCACUCUCCACAAAUGCCUUAAAGAACACCGAGAUGAAAACAAACGAAAUGCGUGGAACUGAGCUAGAGAGAGAGAAAGUGAAAUGCUGAGAAUACUGUUGCUGAACAGUGUUGAGGUUUGACAAAAACUAUUUCCUCAUCCAAAUACAAUACUUUCAGAGUGUUCGGAUUGUCACACCCAUCGACCUACAGGAAGGAUUUAGUGAGUAAAAUCAAGACUACACCCUAAACUGUAGGACUCAAUCCGUUUUCAUCAGAAAAUCAAUAGAUCCUUUUAAGAGGUGGUUUAAUCCUCUUUUUAGGGAGGAAAAGCACUGCAUGGAAACUAAAGCAUUUUCCUAAAACAAUUCAGUGGCACAAACUUACAAAAGUUUUGAAUUCUUUAACUUUUCUUGCACUUUGAAAACAAACUGAUCAUUUUAUCCUAUCUUACUGAAAUUUGCAGAUUGUAAAGCCUUACUCGAAACGCAUGCUAAAACAAUAUUAACAUUUAAACACAUUUUUUUGGGCAACUAUUGUAAGUCAUUUUCAGAUACAUUUUUGACUUCCUUUAAUACGUGGCAUCCCCCGAAUCCUUCAUGUUUUGUGGUGUGCUCAGCUCCUCAUUACAUUUGCCAGAUUUCCCCUUAAAAUAGCCCUUAUUGGUUAGAUUUUUUUUUUAAAUUUCACUCAGAGCUGCAUAUGUACUUCACGUGUCAGAAACACAAUCCGUUGAAUUUGUUCAGGUUUGUGCUAAUGGCUGGGAUGACUUGCUGGGAUGACUUUCAAACUAUUCACUCACGUCACAUUACUAAAUCAAAAGAUGAAGCUUUGUAGUGAAUGUAUUUGAGGCAUUCCACUAUUUUCUAGAAGACAGCAUCUUUGUGUAACAUCUUGUAUUGCUUUACAAUAUGUCAAAGGUAUUGUUGAAGGUCAGAGGGCCCUCAAAGGUUACAGAACAUGACAACAUCUCAUGUUAAUGUCAGGUUUAUCUAAACACAGCAAAAAAAGAAACGUCUUCUCAUUGUCAACUGCGUUUAUUUUCAGCAAUCUUAACGUGUAAAUAUUUGUAUGAACAUAAGAUUCAACAACUAAACUGAAUAAGUUCCACAGACAUGUGACAAACAGAAAUUGAAUAAUGUGUCCCUGAACAAAGGGGGGGUCAAAAUCAAAAGUAACAGUCAGUAUCUGGUGUGGCCACCAGCUGCAUUAUGUACUGCAGUGCAUCUCCUCCUCAUGGACUGCGCCAGAUUUGCCAGUUCUUGCUGUGAGAUGUUACUCCACUCUUCCACCAAGGUACCUGCAAGUUCCCGGACAUUUCUGGGGUGAAAGGUCCUUGCCAUCACCCUCCGAUCCAACAGGUCCCAGACGUGCUCAAUGGGAUUGCGAUCCGGGCUCUUCACUGACAUUCCUGUCUUGCAGGAAAUCAUGCACAGAACGAGCAGUAUGGCUGGUGGCAUCGUCAUGCUGGAGGGUCAUGUCAGGAUGAGCCUGCAGGAAGGGUACCACAUGAGGGAGGGGGAUGUCUUCCCUGUAACGCACAGCAUUGAGAUUGCCUGCAAUGACAACAAGCUCAAUCCAACGAUGCUGUGACACACUGCCCCAGACCAUGACGGACCCUUCACCUCCAAAUCGAUCCCGCUCCAGAGUACAUGCCUUGGUGUAACGCUCAUUCCUUCGACGAUAAAUGCAAAUCCGACCAUCAUCCCUGGUGAGACAAAACCGCGACUCGUCAGUGAAGAGCACUUUUUGCCAGUCCUGUCUCGUCCAGCGACGGUGGGUUUGUGCCCAUAGGCGACGUUGUUGCCGGUGAUGUCUGGUGAGGACCUGCCUUACAACAAGCCUACAAGCCCUCAGUCCAGUCUCUCUCUGCCUAUUGCGGACAGUCUGAGCACUGAUGGAGGGAUUAUGCAUUCCUGGUGUAACUCAGGCAGUUGUUGCUAUCCUCUACCUGUCCCGCAGGUGGGAUGUUCAGAUGUACCGAUCCUGUGCAGGUGUUGUUACACGUGGUCUGCCACUGCGAGGAUGAUCAGCUGUCCAUCCUGUCUCCCUGUAGCGCUGUCUUAGGCGUCUCACAGUACGGACAUUGCAAUUUAUUGCCCUGGCCACAUCUGCAGUCCUCAUGCCUCCUUGCAGCAUGCUUAAGGCAUGUUCACGCAGAUGAGCAGGGAGCCUGGGCAUCUUUCUUUUGGUGUUUUUCAGAGUCAGUAGAAAGGCCUCUUUAGUGUCCUAAGUUCUCAUAACUGUGACCUUAUUUGCCUACCGUAUGUAAGCUGUUAGUGUUUUAAUGACCGUUCCACAGGUGCAUGUUCAUUAAUUGUUUAUGGGUCAUUGAACAAGCAUGGGAAACAGUGUUCAAACCCUUUACAAUGAAGAUCUGUGAAGUUAUUUGGAUUUUUACGAAUUAUCUUUGAAAGACAGGGUCCUGAAAAAGGGACGUUUCUUUUUUUGCUGAGUUUAGUUACACAGUGAGAUAAACAUUUAGUUGUUUGCACAUAAGCAUUGGUUUAUGUAGGAGGUAAAUGCAGAGCUAGUAAUGGAGCUUUGCUUUACUAAUGAAUGUGUUCCAUUCUAUUCGGUGUCUAGCGGCCCAAUUUUAAAAAGUGUUACCAAAAUAAGCCCAAAAAUAUAUACCCUACAAGAUCAAACAAACAUUAUCCCUGUGUGCGUACACUACCAGUGAAAAGUUUUAGAACACCUACUCAUUCAAGGGUUUUUAUUUGUACAAAUUUCUACAUUGUGAAGACAUAAAAA